UGGUCAAUAAUGGAUGUUGAAAAGAGAGAAGUAGAUUGUCUCGUGGUGACAUAAAGUUCUUCUGGAUUUCCUUUCUGACGAAACUGUGCACCAGGCUUAAUUUUUUCAGUCAUUGAGCUGCAUGGAAUUUCAGAAAAAUAUGAACAGACCAUGCUGUAUCAUCAAGAGACAUGUGCCUGUUUGGUUUUAUUUUGAGCUACUCUAAAACUGGCAGAAGUGGACUAAACUGAAAUGAAGGACGUAGCAUAUUGGUCACCCAAUGAGGUGUUAAUCUGGCUCGCCAAAGAAGGUCUUCAGGAAUAUUCUGAAUCUUUUCAAAAGACUUCUGGAAAAGAUUUAUUGCAGCUCAAUGUUGACGAUUUUAAGAACCCACCUCUGUCACUUGUAUCUUCAGACAGUGGGAGACAGAUUCUCGAGAAAAUAGAAACGCUAAAAAUUGAGAGCCAGAUAGAAGUGCAUAAGAAUGGCCAUGCAAAUGGGCACCUCAUUUUGUCUCACGGCACAGACAGUGAUAGCGAAAUUCCAAAUGGUAAAAGCAAACCAAAUGGAAUACCUAAUGGAUUUCGGAAAGAAAUGGUCAAAAUUUCUAUGCCUGAGAUUGAACGAUCACAGUAUCCACUUGAAUGGGGAAAGACUGCUGUAGCUUUUUUCUAUGCACUUUGUUGUUUUGUUACGACUACGGUGAUGAUUUCUGUUGUCCAUGAAAGAGUGCCUCCCAAGGAGGAGUAUCCCCCCUUACCGGACAAGUUUUUUGAUUUUUUUGAUAGGGUUGAAUGGGCAUUUUCCAUUUGUGAAAUUAAUGGAAUGAUUCUUGUGGCAGCUUGGUUUUUCCAGUGGCUGCUGCUGAAGUACAAGUCAAUCGUAGGUCGAAGGUUUUUCUUUUUAGUCGGAACACUUUAUUUAUAUAGGUGUUUAACAAUGUAUGUAACAACCCUUCCUGUGCCUGGAAUGCAUUUCAGUUGUUCGCCAAAGCUGUUUGGAGAUUGGGAAGCUCAGUUUCGACGAAUAAUGAAAAUGCUUGCAGGAGGAGGGCUGACAAUCACAGGGUCACACACCUUGUGUGGAGAUUACCUGUACAGUGGACAUACAGUCAUGUUAACACUUACGUAUCUUUUUAUUAAGGAGUAUUGUCCUCGGCGAUUCUGGUGGUACCACAGGAUCUGCUUCGUUCUCAGCAUUGUUGGAAUUGUUUGUAUUCUUUUGGCUCAUGACCACUAUACUGUAGAUGUGGUAUUAGCCUAUUUCAUCACUACAAGGUUAUUUUGGUGGUAUCACACUAUGGCCAGUCAUCAGGUGCUGAAAGAAACCUCUGCGAAUAACUUCCUUUCCAGAGUGUGGUGGUUUAAAGCCUUCCAGUAUUUUGAAAGAAAUGUUCAAGGAACUGUGCCUCAUACAUAUUACCAGAUUCCUAUUUACUGGUCUUGGUAUCCAUUUAAGUACAGCAGAGUACUAAGCAGCACAUAACAUCUAGGACUGAAAAAUAGUGUGUCCAAAGUGCUAAGAACCUGUUAAGAGAAGAUGCCAUAAAAUAUGUAUUAAUCCUUUGUUCUCUAACAUUCACUUUGACUUUACGUGUUCUACUACAAGGUCGGCACUGUGAUAUUCUUCCCCAUUUUUCCCCCCUGUUGAUUUUCUGGAUGAAUUCUACAAAUGUUGUGUGAUCAUACAACAGAAGUCUGUACUACCAGUCAUCUUGUUCCUUUUAUGAAAGGAAGUUACAGUUUUCAUUUCUAUUUUGUUAAUUUUUACACUUUCGGAAAUUAGUAUUUUCAUGGUUUGACUUUUUGUAUGUUUUGCCCCAAAGACUGGGUUGAAAGCCAUUUUCUAGUGUUGAUCCGCAUGAGUCUUGAGUACAAGAAUGUGUGAAUCUGCAGUUCUUCAUAGAGUUAAAUUGAGCUGACAAAAUAAAAUAAGCAGAAAGGG